AUGACGGUCCUAGACAUGAACAAGGACCUGGCGGCGCUGUUCUGCCAACAGGCAGCCGCCACGCCCGACGCUGUAGCUCUGGAAGACGAGACCACAACGCUGACAUAUGCGGAGCUGGAGAGACAAACUGGUCUCCUUGCCAACCGCUUGCGACAGCAGGGCGUAGGCCGAGACAGUCUCGUCGGCGUGCUGCUGGGACGUAGCGCCGACUACGUGAUCGCCUGUCUGGCUGCCCUUCGCGCGGGUGGCGCGUUCCUGGUCCUCGAGCUCGCAUAUCCUCCUCAGCUUCUCUGUGACGUUAUUGACGACGCCAACCCAACCGUCGUGGUAACUCAUCGGGCCCACGCUGGCUCGAUCAAGCCAGAAAUUCCCCUCAUCGUUCUUGACGAGCCCAACGCUACCCCCGAGGACUCCGCACAACCUACUGACGAGGCCAACCAAGCAUUGCCUGCUGACGAUGACCUCGACCGGCUUGCAUUCGUGUGCUACACUUCAGGCACAACAGGGCGUCCCAAGGGAAUUGCCAACCCGCACAGGGCCCCGGUCCGCUCUUACAGCUUAAGAUUCGAGCUGAGCAAUCUACACCCGGGAGACCGCGUGGCAUGCAAUGUCUUCUUCAUCUGGGAGAUCUUGCGUCCUCUCCUGCGGGGAGCUACUGUCGUAGCUGUGCCCGACAACGUGAGCUACGACCCGGUUGCUCUUGUUGAUUUGUUAGCAUCUCGGAAAAUCACCGAGACGCUAAUGACGCCGACUCUCCUGGCUACAGUCCUCUCUCGGCACUCGAAGCUUGGAGACCGCCUUCCCCACCUGCGCACACUCUGGCUAAAUGGCGAGGUUGUGAUGGCGGAUCUGGCGCGCCGUACCCUCAGCGCACUUCCCAACACCCGGUUGCUGAACUGCUAUAGCGCCAGCGAAACGCACGAAAUCGCAUGUGGGGACAUCAAGGAAAUGCUCACCGAGGAUGCUUCUGUCUGUCCUGUUGGGCCUCCUAUAGAUCCCAAGCAUACGUACAUUCUCGACCAAAACUUCCAGAAGGUUGAACCCGGAGCUAGUGGCGAGCUUUUCCUUGGUGGCCAUCUCCUUGCCCGGGGUUACCUCAACCUGCCUGAGACCACAGCAAAAUCCUUCCUUCCCGAUGCUUUCGACUUGGCCCCAGGUGCUCGCAUGUACCGAACUGGUGAUCUGGCGAGAAUGCUCCCCUCGGGCUUGUUGGAAAUCACAGGCCGAGUUGGCGGCAUGAUAAAAGUCCGCGGCUACAGCGUUCAGCCUGGAGCAGUAGAGAGCGUCGUUAUGAAGCAUCUGGCCGUCAGGCACUGCGCAGUUGUUUCCCAUGGCGAGGGCCUGAAGCGCCAGCUUGUUUCCUAUUUUGUGAGAGACAAGGAGAAUCCAGGCGACCGUGUCAACUUUAUCGUGCAAGAAUCAGGAUACAGCCCUAUGGCCAGAAAGACUCUGUCUGCGCACCUCGCCCACUACAUGAUUCCUGCGUUGUGGAUCGAGCUGACCGAGCUACCCACGCACGAGGUUUCAGGAAAGAUUGACCUCAAAAAAUUACCUGGACCAUCAGGGGCCAAGACAAAUGGCAACGGGCGUCAGCAGGAGCGCAAUAAGGAAGUCAAGGUGGAAACUAUCAUCCAGAACUGGGCUGCCUCAUUGGAUCUCCCUCCCAAUGUUAUUACAUCAGAGCACGACUUCUUCGAUCUUGGAGGACACUCUCUGGCUCUGGCCGACCUGGCGCGCCGUCUCUCUGAUACAUUUGGCUUCCCGGUGCCGGUGGCUCGCCUUGCCGGACGACCGACCCUUGAGGGCCAUGUGGAAGUCGUCCGCGCUGCCCGCGACGGCCAUACUGCGGCCAUCCAGGCCGACUUGCCUGCGGUCCUCAAGGCCGAUUCCGUCCUCCCCGAUGACAUCAAGCCCACAAAGACCACCAUGUGCCCGCUGAACGAAGCUAAGACUAUCCUGCUCACCGGUGUUACAGGCUAUCUUGGGGCGUUCCUCCUGAAGUCUUUGAUCGAGAACACAUCGGCUCGUAUUCUUUGCCUUGUACGUUUUGCUCGACCUUCCCACGGCACUGAGUCCCGCGGUAUGGCGAGGAUUCGCCAAAACCUCCUUGACUUGGGCAUUUGGGAUCCGUCCAUUAUGGACAGGGUUGAUGUGGUGCCGGGAAACCUGGGCCGAAAGCGCCUCGGGCUUUCUGAAGAAGACUUUGAUGAGUUGGCGUCCAACCUCGACGUGAUUAUUCACGCUGGUGCCACUGUAAACUUGGUGUACCCUUACGCUGCCAUGCGCACUGCCAAUGUCGGUGGCACAAAAGAGAUCCUCCGACUGGCGAGCCGAAGCGGCGCAACCGUUCAUCAUGUCUCGACUAAUGGCGUGCUUCCACCGUCAUCGGAAGGGUGGCCGGAAGAUACAAUCUUGGACGUGGAAGAGGUCGCAGAGAAGCUCCUGGAUGGUUAUGGCCAUACAAAGUGGGUUGCUGAACAGCUCGUCCUUGAGGCGGGACGACGAGGUUUGCCUGUGAAGAUCUACCGUCCCGGUACAAUUAGUGGUCACAGUGUUCUGGGAUCGACCAACACGUAUGAUCUUCUAACAGCUUUGUUCGUUGAGUCGAUCCACCUCGGCCACGCACCUGAUAUCCCGAACUGGCUUGCAGAGAUGACGCCGGUGGACUUUGUCAGCCAAGCAAUCAUCACUCUGUCAAACCAUGUUGAUAUCGAUCAGAAAAUCUACCAUAUCGGAGAUCCCAAGCCGGUGACGGCCACAGCACUUCUGGAAGAUCUGGCUGGUCUUGGAUACCCAACUGACCUAAUGGGCUGGGAUGAAUGGGUGGCGAACUGGAACGAGAGGAGAGGGAACCCCGGAACCAGUGGGGACGAUUCCUUCACCGCGGGAAUUCUACGCCGCGGUAUGCCAGAGGUCGAGUUCCUUCGAGCUGUCACGGUCCUCAACGACGCCAAAACGCAGUCAGUGUUGGAUCUUUACGACGUUAAGCGCCCGAAGAUCGACAGCAAAUUAUUCGAGACGUACACUCGCGAUUGGUACGCCCGCGGCUGGCUCUCCCAUCCCCCUCGUCGUGAUGGUGUGGCGCUCCGGGCCCGACCCAAGGGGCCUCUAUCUGGCCAGGUGGCUGUCAUCACGGGAGCGUCGUCAGGAAUUGGUGCUGCUGUGGCGACCGCCCUCAGCAAGGAAGGUGUCCAUGUGGCUCUUGCAGCUCGCAGAACAGAGGCCCUGGAUGCCCUGAAGGCAAAGAUCGCCAUGAACGGAACCAAGGUGAUGGUUCACAAAACGGACGUCACCGACAAAGCCCAAGUGGAAUCGCUCAUCAAGGCGGCCAGCGAGGAGCUGGGUCCUGUCGAUAUCCUUGUCAGCUGUGCAGGCGUCAUGUACUUCACCAUGAUGGUCAAUGUGCAGACGGAUGAGUGGGAGCGUACGGUGGACGUCAACUGCAAGGGAUUACUUCACUGUCUUUCGUCCACUGUGCCAUCUAUGCUGUCUCGCGGCAAGGGGCACAUUGUCGCUAUUUCAUCUGACGCUGGCAGAAAGGUGUUCCCUGGCCUUGGAGUCUACUCGGCGAGCAAGUUCUUUGUCGAGGCCACGCUUCAAAGCCUUCGUGUCGAGACGGCCGGCACUGGGCUCAGGGUAACAUCCGUCCAGCCAGGCAACACGGCGACGGAGCUCCUUGGCAUGUCGACGGAUAAGGAGGCCAUCAAGAAGUAUGGUGAGCCAACGGGGGCCAAGGUUCUCGACGCUGAGGACGUUGCCAACUCGAUCGUAUAUGCUCUACGGCAGCCCGAGCAUGUGGCUGUCAACGAGGUCUUGAUUGAGCCACGCGAUGAGCCCAUCUAG